AUGGAAGGGGUGGAGGAGCCCAGCGAGCCACAGACUACUACCGCCGAGUCCGCGCGCCCCAAGACUGCUCGCAAGCAGCCGGUCACCAGCAACCCGGAUCGACCCAAGACCGCGCGGAAGGCGCCAGUCAAGAGACCAACGCAGUGGAAUCUCGACGUCGAAAUCGAAGACGGUGAACCGCCCCUCCUCAUGGUCUACCAUGCCGACGAGACCCCCGAAGAAUGCGCGAGGAAGUUCCUGGACGACAACGAGCUGCCCCUCGCGUUUCUCGAACAGCUAAUGAACUUCAUUAAGAAAAAUGUCAACCACGAAGAACCCGAGCCCGAGCCCGUCCCGAAGGACAGGAAGAUUAAAACCCCCCGCCGCCGCGUGGCAGACCGCAAUUUCAUGGACAAAGAGUCCCUUACCCCCGACCGCGAACCGUGGGUUCGAUCAGAUCCCGUCGCGCAGGCUUCAAACCAAGCGCCUGCGACUCCCCGCCACCCCCCGCCCAAGAGAGCUGUACCGCAAGAGGACGCCGGGGCAUACCUUCACCGACUGCGAGAGCUUGCGGCCGGAGGAGCAUACACCGUCCGUCCAACCUUCCAAUCACGGUCCCCGAAGCCCUUCACCGACCCGUUCCCCAAGGAGGGCGACCCGGAGUUCGGAAAGCACCCCGACGCGGAUUACCUGCCCCCGGGCAGCAACGACACGGAAGACGAAGACUCCGAUCAGGAGAUGCAAGAGGAAGACUCGCACGAAGAGUCAGAGUUCAACAUGAACUGGUACAGCAAUAUCAAUGGCCCGAAUGCCGAUGAUGAAGGCGAUAGCCAAGAGGCUCACAGCCCGGAUGCCCACGGACCAGAUCUCUUUGGCCCCAACGGAAUAGAUUUCGACGUGGCAAAGGACUUCGAAAUUGACGAUAAUGGCAUGUUCGACCUCAAAUACAAAUAG